AGCAUAUGCUCUAAGCCCUAUAUGUACCCAUAUCCACAUCACAAAAAAAAAUAGAGAUAACAAAGAAACAAUAUUUGAAAUCGCCAACGAGAGAAACAAAAAGAAGAAAAAAAUGAAGACAUUUAUGAUAAUCUUGUUGGUGAUUUGUAGCAUCUUGAUUGUAGGACGAGUUGAGGCUAACGAUAACAAGAGAAAAUAUCUACUACUCGAUCCAUGCUUGCGUCCUAAUGCUCCACCAGGAUGUCAUCGUCAGCCAUAUAAACCCCGUACUCCGGUUAACGUAUAUAGUCGUGGUUGCACCACAAUCAACCGAUGCCGCCGAGUGCAGAAUCCGUGAGAUCUAAUGACAUAUUUUAUGGACUUAUGCAACCACAUAAGUCAUAUUAUGUAUAUGUUUCCAAAAAUUUCAUAGGAUUGAUCUUCAGUAUUGUUGAGGCUCAUGGGGGUUUGAAUUUAAUUGAUUCAUGUGUAAUAGUAACUAAUUUUUUGAACGACGCCAAAUGACAAUUUGGAUAUAUGGGAUCUAAUUUUUUCACAAUAUAUGUAUAAAUUCUUUGAUAUAUGAAAUAAAAAUUGAAUUUCAUUUUUUGUCUACUUUU